ACUUGUGCAAACUGUCAGGCAGACAGAACAGACUACUGACUGCUUAUCUUUUUGGUAUUUUGCACUGCGCUGGUUGGUUGGAUCCGUACAAAUCGGUGGAUCAAUUUUGUCGGGUAAACUUCUGUGUGAAAAGCGAGAAAAGUCGAUGUUUAUUGUGUGAAAAUUCUCCGUUUGAAAUCAAAGAAACUAUACAGAACUUGUAUUUGUAGCUCUGUGAACCAUCUUCGAGACAUUUUUUCGUGUUUUCUGUGUCAUCUACAAACCUGGUGGUGUGAUACUGGUGAUAAAUUUGGAUUGUUAUUAGUGUUGGAAGUGUAUAAACUGUGUGUUUUUGAGAAAUUUACGAGUUAAGUUGUCCAAUCAGUGAAAACAAUCGCAUCAAAUAUCAACUCGGUAUCAUAAAAACCUCCAACGGCAGUGCUCACCAUAGAUAAUUCCAUCUGCAGGAUUUGCGUCUGCUUGAAAAGGCUUUGUCUUUGCUGUCCUCGCCGAACAAUCAUAGAUCCUUCAUAUCUUCCGAAGUAGAAUGGGACCCUCUACAUUAUGACAAUAACAGCAACAACUACAGCUAUAAUCAUAAAACCAGCAGCAGGAGCAGCAUCAGCAGCAGCAGAAGCAACAGCAGCGAUUAAAGGACUAACAACAUUGGGAUAACCGAACCUGGUGGCUGCAACAUGAGCUCACGUCACGCCUUCUACACCGUCGAGGUGGGCGACACCAAGUUUACCAUUCUGAAGCGAUACCAGAACCUAAAACCGAUCGGAUCCGGUGCUCAAGGCAUUGUUUGUUAAUCCAUAGUUCAAACAUAGGUUCAACAAGAAGUUUUUCAAUCAUCAUUAUUAGUAAACAUUAGUACACCACCAUUUGACAUACGGUCAACAACGCACGCACAAAAUAUCUAUAAUAAGGAUACAAAUUACGUAAAUUAGGAUUAGAAAGCGCAAUUCGUUCGCACAAAGAGAAACUGAGUCACACAAUGACUCAAAGGUAUGAAAAGUACCAAUUUGGUGAUACCCAGUUCGAAGUGCCUGUUCGGUACAAUCAACUAGAAGCGAAGGGGUUCGGAGCCCAAGGAAUGGUCUGUGCCGCAUACGACACAGUAACACAGCAAAAUGUUGCCAUCAAAAAGCUAUCACGACCGUUCCAGAACGUCACCCAUGCCAAACGAGCCUACAGGGAGUUUAAGCUUAUGAAAUUAGUCAAUCAUAAAAAUAUAAUUGGACUGCUGAAUGCAUUCACGCCACAGCGCACGCUCGAGGAGUUCCAAGAUGUCUACCUCGUUAUGGAGCUUAUGGACGCUAACCUGUGCCAGGUCAUCCAGAUGGACCUGGACCAUGAGCGAAUGUCCUAUCUGCUGUACCAAAUGCUGUGCGGCAUCAAGCAUCUCCACUCAGCCGGAAUCAUCCACAGGGACUUGAAACCGUCGAACAUAGUGGUCAAAUCGGACUGUACGCUGAAGAUUCUGGACUUCGGAUUGGCUCGUACAGCCGGUACGACGUUCAUGAUGACACCGUACGUGGUAACGCGCUAUUACCGAGCCCCGGAGGUCAUUCUUGGCAUGGGCUACAAGGAGAACGUCGACAUCUGGUCCGUGGGAUGCAUCAUGGGCGAAAUGAUACGCGGCGGUGUACUGUUUCCCGGUACCGAUCAUAUUGAUCAGUGGAAUAAAAUUAUAGAGCAAUUGGGAACACCGUCAGCGUCGUUUAUGACACGACUGCAACCAACCGUGCGAAACUAUGUUGAGAACCGCCCGCGGUACACGGGCUAUCCGUUCGAUCGACUUUUUCCGGAUGUGCUGUUCCCGACCGACUCCAAUGAACACAACCGUCUCAAAGCUAGUCAAGCACGAGAUCUGCUCAGCAAGAUGCUAGUCGUGGAUCCCGAGCAUCGCAUCUCCGUCGAUCAGGCCCUAGUGCACAGUUACAUCAACGUGUGGUAUGACGAAAGUGAAGUCAAUGCGCCUGCUCCGGGGCCGUAUGAUCAUAGCGUCGAUGAACGGGAGCAUACCGUUGAGCAGUGGAAGGAACUAAUCUACCAGGAAGUUAUGGAAUACGAGGCCCGGAACAAUUUGGCCGAUGGUGAAGGUACUCCACGGUAGAGAUCGUCGGAAGACUAAAAUGAGCAGAACCUGGUGUUCCUGGAUGCAAACGGAACGGCCAGUCAACUGUGCGAAGAGCGCCUAGUUUGAGCAAAUACCAACCGACCUAACGAGACAAAACCCGAUCUCCUCCUUUAACCGCUUUUCCUGGAACGAAAUAAAAAAACGCCAGCGAUUGUGUAAGACUGCAAGCGCCAGCCCAAAGCGAUCAUCUAAAAGUCGGUGUAGGAAAAUAAAAGAAAAACAAAAAAACAAACAAUACAGUAGUGACAGCAGCAAGUGUUAGACAGAAUAAUUCUCCUCUUCCUCCUCUGUUGAAAGCAUCAAAACAAGGAAACCUUUAGAUUCGACUUUUCAACCAAUUUCACCCCCCAAAACGGCACUGAAAAGGAAAUUUACAAACAAUAAUGCGUGCACACUAAAUACGAAAGGUUUCGUUUCGUUCGCUUGUUUUGCUCGUCAGAAAUGAGAGACUAAACAGAAGUUAUAAAGUAUUUGCGAGCUAAGAGUUAUAGAAGAAGAAAAUCAUGCGCUGUGAAGUUCAUUACUAAAACUUUGAAUAAAAAUACAAAACGGAUCAACAGCAUUCGAGAUAGAUUUGUAAAUAAUAAAUAAUCCUAUAGAAAACUCCUAAGCAAGCAUGAGUAAAUGGCAUGACAUAACUAGAUUUAACCGUGGCAGUUCAUUCGUUGGUACGUGAGUGAGUUUUGUGAAGACAAUGGUAAAAGCUAGAAACCUGUGUGUGACAGAAGAACCCAAAGCAGCUGGUCAAAACGUGCAAUAAACUUUAUUACCAAACUUACACGCUUCCACCGGGACAGAAACUUUGUGAAAAACUCCGGGCUUCGGUCAAUCACUGGACAGACAGACUUAAACCGCAGAAGCAGAAUUCUUAGAGAACGCUUUUAAUUGUUGAAGAAUAAAAUUAGUGUAAACCAACCAACAGACAGCUAAUUCAUAGUCCCUGCUAAAUAAUCAAUCGUGAACGAAUGAAACCAUGUUCAAGCUAGAGAGAAAAAAAACAAUAGUAAACUUUGCGUCAUCCUCCUCCUCCCUUCAUGUAGCUGGAUAUCGAAUUGAACGCGAGGUUAGGAAGCGUAAGCAUGUGAUAUGUGGUAAGUAGCUUGUUUUUUUCUUCAUUUGUUUCGAUAACCAAUCACUUUUCACUCAUAAUUUGAGACGCUCAGGUUCAUGCGCAGCAAACUAACUAAACAUUCACUAUUCGAUACUUCUAAAAUCUAAACUUUGCGUCUAAAGUGUGGCAGGCAACACUCACGGUGUACAGACGAAGCACUACUUUGAGCCCCCAAUCCUUGAUGUGUAUGUACAUUAAUUUAGACAACACUGCCCUCUAUUCGAGUUAAGGUGAAAUCGGAGAAAAGGACAACAUUUACUUGCUACUGAGAGAAAAAAAAACGCUAGAGAAGAUGUCGAAAUCUCCAGAAAAGAAACAACACUCAAACAAAAUCACAAGACGGAUAUUUUAAAGUGUAGAGAAAAUUCGGUUUAUUUAUUGCCAUCUCAAUUGCCAUAAUCAUCCGGAAAAGAAAAGAAUACAAAAAAAUAGAGAACGACAGAAACGUAAUCCGUAAUCCCUAGUACUUAAUAACCAUUGGUAAAACAAAACUAGAAAGAAAUUUCCAACUCCCCAUAAAAUGUAGGAAAUUCGUCACAAGCAAAAUAAAAAUAAUAAAAGACUUCGUUAUAAUGAUUUGAAAAAGUUAUAAAUACAGUAUGAAAAAAAAUUAAAUAAAUAGUAACAAUAAAUAAGGUAGCAGAAGAAAUCAUGUAUAUAAGUAAUAACGUAAUGAAAAUUAAACUACAAAGCUAGAUGAGGAAAUAAAAUCUAAACAAAAAAAGAAGAAAGUAAAUCAUGUAGCAAUUAGUGCAAACCCAAAACAACCACGUUCAAGGUGAAACAGUGAAAUACCAACCAACCACUAAUCAUUUUUUGAUGGUUAGCCGCCAACCGAGACGCGGUUGACUUGCUUGCGCAAGAUCAACCCCUUUUAGGCAGUCUUCGUUAGAGGAAGGCUCUUCAAAAUACCUGCGAUGGCGUUUUUUUAGCCGGAAAAAUAGACAUCGCUAACAACAGUAACACACCCAUAGAGAAAGAUGGUUGAAAUGUAGCGCAGCGUACACACACACCAUACCGUUCUUCUACUAUUGCAAACAGUAAAAUUAUAAAGUCUAAUGACUCCAGUUGAGAAAGAAAAAGAAAAUAAUCCCAACAAAACCACAAAAGCAUUCAAACAGUAGCAGCAAGCAUUCGUUCAAUUUGUCAUUUCUAAACAAACACUAUUGAAAACCAAAACUAAUGGAAGUAAGUUUAAUGAACACGAGUAAAAGAACAGAUUUACGAAUCCGCCCUUUUUAUAGAAAGAAAUACAAGAAAAAACAAUUAAAUAAACGUUACGUGCAGAAAAGGUAAAAAACAUAAAGAUACUUCUCUAUUCUCUACCGAGAGUUGCUACUAAAUUUAUGAUUUUUUUUCGAAUCAACAGGAUUUCAAGCGAAAACCGUGAUGAAUUUUUAUUGAAAACCCAAACAAAACAAAAAGAAGAAAAAAAAUCGUGCGCAAUUUUGGCGCCGCAAAAACGUUUUGCGUAUUAGAGUACUACUCGAAAUGAAAUCUAACUCUUAGUGACAAUCGCUUCUCUCAAUUUUCAGUUUUCUUCUCGAUUUUCUUCUAUCUGCUUACAGGUUUAAACCUUUUGGCUUAGUAACGCAAUAGGUAAUAACAUUUUCCAAAGCACUUGAGUCAGGUAGAAUAUCACACACACGUACACACACAAAAGAAGUAACGUCCAAGCAAACUAUACAUUGUACUAGAUAAUGCGAAACAUCAAUUUAGUCACUUUUUCAAUCAGCCGCAGUCAGCAUCAGCAUCAUUUAUCUUCCUAUUUUCACUGUCUAUUCCGUUAGUGAAGAGGAUUUUCGUCAGCGAAACCCUUAAUGUUACUUGGUUUCAUUCAAAGCUAACGGCUUGUUUUAUUAAUACCUUUCAAUACUAAUCAACUGAAAUCAUGGCGUCGUUCGUAUAAAAAGUUCGAAUAAUCUAGUAAAAGCAAAGCCCUCAUCAUAAAGCAACAACAAAAAAAUCAAGCACCAUGCUCUUGUCCGAUUGAAACGGCUGCAAGAACGAAAAGGCAACAAAAAAAAGCGGAAACCGAGUGAUUGAAAGGUAAUUAAACUACCGUGAGCGAAAUAUUAAAAUCUUACUAAACUUUAACUUACCAAUUUCUGCUAGGGCACCGUGAGAAGCAAACUGAAAGGUAGAAGGCAAGCGAGCCGACAGGAGCGAUUCAGAUUAAUUGAUACCGACAAAUAGACACUGACACACACACACAAACACACACGGAAACACAGGCACACUCGGCACACGUAUUCUUAUGAUGCAAGCGAGCGUGUUUUAAAUAGUCUCCCACACAAAGACACACCAACACGAACACGAAUACACUCACACACGAAAAAAAAAAACACACAAGGCGGUAAGGCGGUAAGAAGAGAAUAUAGACGGCAGAAAAAGUAGUGUGGAAAAAAAUGAGUCUAAUGUAUUUAAAUAUACCUAUAAUUAAAGCAAAAAAGUGGAACGUAAAUGAAGAAAAAAAAAUCCGAUGAUAAAACACAGACUAAGAAGAAGAAUGGAAAGUGAAUAAAAAAAUAAUCGAUAAUAAAACUUAU